AUGCGGAAGCUGAGGCGACGGAGGAGGCGGCACAGUGGGGUGAGCAGCCGCAGGCACCCCCCCGACCCGGAGCAGGCGGCGAUCCUGGCGUCGUUGAACGCGGAGCGGUUCGGGACGUUGAAGGAGGAGCAGCGGGAGUUCAUCAACGACGCUAAUCUCGAGCACGCCCUCGAGAUCUCGCGCCAGCGAGCGGCCACGGAGGAGGUGGGACGCCUACUGAUGGAGGCAGAGCGACAGAAGCUCGCCUCCCUCAACGCUCAUCGCCACUACGACUCCCACGGCUUGGGCACAGAUCAGUCGGUGUGGAGCCGGGUGCUGCCGUACCUCACCCGCGACCACCGCGUGGUGCUCUACGACCUGGCCUGCGCUGGCAGCGUCAACCCGGACCACUUCGACUUCGCCCGCUACAACGGGCUGGACGCCUACGUGGACGACCUGCUCUCCAUCCUGGACGCGCUUAGCAUCAAGCGCUGCGCCCUGGUGGGCCACUCCGUCUCCGGCAUGAUCGGCAUCGUCGCCUCCAUCCGCUGCCCCAAGCUCUUCGCCAAGCUCGUCCUCAUCGGCUGCUCGCCCUGUUUCCAGAACGACGGCGACUACCACGGCGGGUUCGAGGUGGAGGAGGUCCAGGAGGUGUUCGACGCGAUGUCGGCCAACUACAUGGCAUGGGCGACGUUAAAUAGAAAACCAGAAAAACUAAGGGGCUUAGCAUCAAGCGCUGCGCCCUGGUGGGCCACUCCGUCUCCGGCAUGA